CCUCACGCCGUCGCAAUCCUCCUCUUCUUCACCACCCACCCGUCCAUCACACCAGUCAGCGCUCAAUCGUCGCCGCCCGUACACGCAUGGCGUAAAAAAUCCCAUCAGCCACCCCCGAUCUCGACUCUCGACGCUGCGACCAGCUCACCUCUGCAAGCUCCUACACACCGCAGCUCGACAUGGCGCUCUCCAAGUCCAACCGAAUCAUCAUCCUCCUGGUCAUCGACUCCAUCUUCUUCCUCAUCGAGCUCAUCAGCGGAUAUGCCGUCCACUCCCUCGCCCUCGUUGCCGACUCCUUCCACAUGCUCAACGAUGUCCUCUCCCUCUGUGUCGGCUUGUGGGCCGUCAAGGUCGCCAACCAGCGAGGAAGCUCGAAGAAAUACACCUACGGCUGGCAACGCGCCGAGACACUAGGUGCGCUGGUGAACGGCGUGUUCCUCGUCGCGCUCUGUGUCACCAUCUUUUUGGAAGCCAUCCAGCGCUUCGUCGAGCCGCAGAAGGUCUCCAAUCCCAAGCUCGUGCUCAUCGUGGGCUGCUUGGGCCUCGCUUCCAAUCUUCUCGGCCUCGUCUUGUUUCAUGAUCACUCGCACAGUCAUGGCGGUGGCGGCGGGCAUAGCCAUGGGGAUGAAGAGACCGCGCUCAUCGACUCGGAGCAUGAUCACGCUGGCCACUCUCACUCCCACGAACAACCCGAGGCCAGUGCAUCAUCCAGCAAUGGCACAGCCCUGGCACAGAAAGCUUCGAGCAACUCACGCCAGAGCAGAGCCGGGCGCAAACAUAGCCGUUCCUUGUCUCGAGCCUAUCUGCCCGGCUUCGACGAAAUACCCACCAGCCCUCACGCUAUCCGCAACUCUGUGGUCUACCGUAGCAGUGUCCCGCGGCCAGACUCUGACGUCGACGACGAAGAGCAACGGGCGGGAGAGGGAAACCAUGAAGGUGACAUUGAAUCUCAUGCACCAGCCGACCAAAGCACCAGCCUUCUGAACGGCAGCCACGGCGUGGGCUACGGUGCUGUUGCUGGAGGCAAGCCCGUUGACCACACCGAACACCACCACGCUCAACCCAAGUCGGACGGCAAGGGCCACUCCCACUCCGAUCUGAACAUGCGCGGCAUCUUCCUGCACGUCAUGGGCGACGCGCUGGGCAACAUCGGCGUCAUCGCCACCGCGCUCAUCAUCUGGCUCACCAAGUACUCCUGGCGCUACUACUUCGACCCGGCCAUCUCCCUCGUCAUCACCUGCAUCAUCCUCGCCUCCGCCAUCCCCCUCUGCAAAGCCGCCUCGCGCAUCCUCCUCCAAGCCGUGCCGGACGACAUCGACGUCGAGGAAAUCUCCGCCGACAUCCUCUCCCUUCCGGACGUCAUCGGCGUGCACCACCUGCACGUGUGGCAGCUCAGCGACACGAAGAAGGUGGCGAGUCUGCACGUGCAGGUCGCGUUCGACUUCAAGGGCCAGGGCUCGGCGCGCUACAUGCGCCUAGCCCAGGAAAUCAACAACUGCCUGCACGCCUACGGCAUCCACUCCUCCACCAUCCAGCCCGAGUUCUGCCUCGACCCCGACCACGACCACAAAGCCCAGGAUGGCGAUGCCGCGAACGAGUCGGAGAAUGCGACUACGUCGGCUGGGAAGCCGGGGAGUCGGCUGCCGAGUAAGCCGGGCAGUCUGGCGGAGCGGCAGUGCUUGUUGGGCUGUGCGGAUCCGUCGUGCAGCGGCAAGAGCUGCUGUCCGCCGCCGGACUCGAGGGAUGAGGACGAGGGAGGACACGGGCAUGGCCACUCGCACUGAGGGGGUUUUCCACCCUCAAGAUCUCUCCUUGGAGAUCAUCUCACCCGCACUCAAUAAAGUUGCUUACAUGUAAUUAGAGAUUCACCCAAAGGCUGUCAUGAAGACAGUAAAGGGUCACCCCAAUCGCCAGCGCGAAGUGGAUAAAGUGGCUUCAAUUUCGCGUUCUAGCUUUGCUCGCUUGCUCAUUGCUCGUUAUAGUAAGAUUAUGUAUUCCACACAACAACUGUGCAGUACACUAC